AGGCUGUGUUGAUGUCACCGCCGCCCUGUAUCCUUCCUCGAGACCAGCUGUAGUCGUACCACCUGAGCACACGUCUCUUCAUCCCUCCUGACGAUUCGCGUUUCGAUUGGUGAUCACGUUGCCCACCUGGCCAACGAUGGUGGCGAAUAUGAAGACACCGAUCAGGUAGCUGACUAUCGUGAAGACGUACCUACGGAUCAGUAAGCGAGAAAAAGAGCCAAUCAGUUCAAGGAGGAUGUGAUCAGUGGCCUCGGUUCAUGGACGAGCGGCCCCCGCCGGAGCCUUUCUCCUCUUUCUCUCUUUAUAUUUCCCUGCUUUCUUAUGCCUUUCGUUCUUUCCUUCUUACUUGCCUCCGCCUCAUCGUUCUCUCCAUCUCCCUUUCUUUCCUUCGUUUCUGCUUCCUCGUGUGCAGCCUCUCCUUCCUCUCAGCUUACUCCAACGAUUACACACCGCUUCGUUCUCUGUUCGUUCGUUCGUGAUAUACAUUCGCUCUUGCUCGACUCAGAAAAAUGUACGGUCCACGAUUUUUCGUGACAUCAGGAAUACCCGAUAUACAGGAACCCUAACUACGAACGAUGAUUAACCGAUAUCCAUUAUGCGAGCUGUGGAGACACCGAGCAUGCUAACCUUCCUUAAGGAGAACGUUCCGGCCAUUUUUAUGCCAUCAUGACAACAUAUUCUGCGGGAGAUAUAAAAAUAUAUUGGACCCAGACACAGGACCAUAUUGUGCCGUGUAAGUCCCAGAUAUAGGAGCAAACGUUUGCCGUGAAAAUUUCAAAAUCAUUGGGUUCUUGAUCCAUCGUUAUGAUUAUUAAGCCCUAUUUUUGGUAAGAAGUAUACUGAUACCGUCAUACCAUCUAGGAUAAAAACAAAACAGAUAGAGUAUUUAAAUCGCCAAAAAUCAUACUCUGAAGUUUCAGUAAUCAUAAUACGUAAAUAAUCGGAAAUUUCUACUGACUUACUAUUUAACUAUGUGGACAUACAUGUAUAAACCUAAGAUUUGGUAAAAUAGAAGUUUAUUUACAUGUUCAACCGAUUUGUUUGAAUAGUCAUAUAAGGAUAUUCUAUCUGCACGUGCCUUCUGCGAAUGCAGCUUCGGUAAAUAAAUUGUGGAUUUAGUGAGUGUUGUACAAGUACCAAUUUCGAAAGCUACUCUUGGUAUAUAAUCUGGAGGAUUGAGGGUUUGUUCUCGUCGAAUAUGGUCUGCGUGUAACAGCUGAUGGUGAAGAAUUCUUCACACAAGUGGAUAACUGAUUGCUACUGCUGUUGAAAUUCCUUCCGUACUUGUUUCUAGAAUUUUUACAAUUGCCCUCUGGAGGCGGAUACGAGAGUUUAACACUGACAGAGGUUAAAAUAGAGGCUAAAAAUAUCAAGCUAUUCUUGCAGCAUGACUAAUUACCAGAAGCAGAAAACUCUAUACAAUAGAAAACUUAAACAAAAGAUUCUUUAAAUAUGUAAAUCAAUGAUCCGUGUUCAUUAGAAUUUUUCUUCCAUGUAAUGAACACCAGUGACCUUUACUGAUACAUUUAAAAGACUAUAGAUUGCUAAUACGUUUCUAAAAAAUUUUACGUUAUCGUAAAAAUAAGAUUUAUUUAUACCAUGAAAAUAUGUAUGAGUUUAAUGACGCAAAUAAUUUUGCAAUAGAGAAUCUAUUGUAAACUUUUUGUUCUUGUCAAAAAAUGUGGUGAACAUUAGCACAGUAAAAUAUUAAUGAAACAAUGUAAAAACUUGAACGUUGAUCGCCCCUGAUUCUUGUGCACGUCGCGUUUCGAAUAUGAUUUCUUUUUUAUUUUGUGUCGUCAGAAGAUACGAAGGUGGGUAUAUUAACGAAGGUACUCGAUCGGAGUCUAGAUAUAUCUGCUAGUCAGGAAGCAUUAAAGACUGUUAAUACCAAGAUGUCACUCGAGCAGAAAUUCAAAGAAGCGGCGAGUGCGUUCAAAGCACUUCUUACGCCGCCAACGGAAGAAGAAUAUACGCAGUGUUACGGACUAUUCAAACAAGCAACGGUGGGCGACGUUAACAUACCGGAUCCAGGGAUGAAAGAUCGGCAGGAGAAAAAGAAGUGGGACGCCUGGAAGGGAAAGGAGGGUAUGUCGAAGGACGCUGCGAAAGAAGAGUACAUCAAGCGUGUUGAUAUAUUAGUGAAAAAAGAUGAUGAUGAUUGAUAAUGCUCAUUGACUUUCAUACAUGUUUUGUAUGUCUAUAUGUAUUUCACGAUUUUUUAAAUAUAACUUUCUCAGAUAUGGGAGGCUGUUAUAAUAGUAGGUUAGGUUAGGUUUUCCUUGUACUUGAAAUAUUUAAAAGGCUUUUCAAAGCCUUAGAUAUUUUAUAUUACUUUUAUAUUUUUUAUGUAUGUUUAGAAUAAUUUCUUGAAUGUUCUGUAAGGUAGUGAGGAGUUUUUUUAUUCGUAUUAUCGCGUGGAAAAGAAAUAGAAAUUGAAAACUGUUUUAAAUAAUUCUUAUUUGUUUCAAUAAACGACGAAGAUCGGUUGUGAGCUUGGUGGGAAGGAAAUAAAAUAUGCUAUUGCGCUGCCUUUUGCAAUAAGCAACGAUUACAAUGCAUAAACCGUCCGCCAUUUUGAUUAAUUAGCCAGUUACGGCAGCUAUUUGAAUAUAUAGCAUACAUUUGAAUAUUCUUUCAUAUCCAUUUGUUAGUUAUACGCAGUAGUUCAUUAAAUUAUUAAUUAAAAUUCAUAAGUUAAAUUUA